GUCCCUUAUCUUUAGCUCGGGGUCCAAUUUCGUCCCUUAAUUUUUAAAAAGUGCAAAAAGAUCCCUUAACUUUUUAAAACGGCGCACUUUUGUCCUUCCGUCUAUUUUGUGUAAACGGCCGUUUAAUUAAGCUUGCGUGGCAUGAUGAGUUGGAUAUAUAUAUUUCUUCAUCGCCUUCAACGAACAUAUUUCUGUGAAAACGAUUUCUGCAAAAUUGGGAGCCUAGGGUUUAGUCACGAACGAAUUGGGGGCUAGGGUUUAGCCACAAACGAAUUUUCUUCAUCUUUCUCCAUGAAAUCUUCUAGUGGUUCUUCAUCUAUGAUACAAAGCUGUCAUGAAAGUUUGAAUUGGAAACCGGUUUGCCACUGUGGAGAUAAGGCAAUUCUAAGAAGGGCGACGACAGCUAAGAGUUUUGGGAAACAUUUUUGGGGAUGUCCUCAUUAUAAGGGACAAGGGCAACCUGGGUGUGGCUUCUUCGAAUGGUUUUAUGAGGAGAGUGAAGAUACCAAGGGCAAAUAUUUGAUGUCUAGGUUGGAAAAGCUUGAUAAGAAAUUUGAAGAAUUGCAGAUGGAUGUUAACAAAAUAAAGCUGUCAAGUGAAGAAAUAAGGAAAGAGAUAUAUGAAAAUAGGAGGCAGUUGAACAAGAUGAUCAAACUGGAAAAAUUUUGGAUUAUGAUGCUUUUUAUAGUGUUCAUAGGUCUCUGGAUUUUCAUGUAAUGUACCUUGUUAUUGUACAAGUUGAAUGUACCAUGGUUUUUCAUGUAAUGAAUUAUGCUUUUUUAUU